UUACUUGUUUCGUUUCACCUUGUCUGACAUUUUAACUUUUAUUAAAUUUUUUACUCGAAGGAAAUGUUUUUAUUUAGCAACAAGUGCGAUGCAACGAACAAAGCGUAAUUAAAUGAUCACAACACAGAGUGAAAUUGAAAUUAGAGGCAAAAAGUUCCGUCGACCGAAAGGAGAAUCCUCUUUGUCUCCUGUUCCUUUCCCUAAAUGAUUUUAAAUGAACGUGAACAAGCGACCAAAGUUGCCGGCUACAAGAUGCGAACAUCAAGAGGAACCACUAAAGGAUAUCGAAAAGUCAUCGUUCAUGAAACAGAACCAAGCUCACAUGUUGGAUACACUUCCACCGGAAGUACUGGAAAUGAUACUACGGCCGUUACCCCUUCACGAUGUGGCCACCUGUGUACGCUUAGUCUCCAGACACUGCUCGACAGUUGCAGCUACAGUUCUAAAUGGCGCCUUUCUCGCAGCUGGUACAAGGCUAGAGACCCUGACAAAACGUAUCGAGGGUACCCUGAAAACCGUGAAAACAAAUCAGGAACUACUGGCUCGUAGCAAAGCUUUGAACGCUUUAGAACUGAUCAGAGCGCAAUACAAGAUGCUACGUGCUGUCACGUGGAGAUAUACGCAUCCACCGACGAACCAACAGAGGUUUCCAAGGCUGUGCUUUUACGCCGGAAGUCUGCUGGACAAUUUGAACGAACUUCUCGGUCGAAUUGGCAAACUUCAUUCAUCCAUUGUCAAUCCUCGUACACCUGACUCGAGCAUGGCCUACUUCACAGCCGCCUGUAAGCGGUUCAUGAACUUUUUCGAAAAGGUCUCUGAACGCAGGGUGAACAGAUCGGCUUUAAUCUCUGGCUGCAAAGUCGUAGACGUUCUGGACUGCCUGAUCGAAGGUCGACAGGUGCUAUCUUUCAAAGUGAUGCCGCACAAAAGAGGCACGAGACGUACCAUCAAUAUGAAAUUAAGAUAUAUGAUGAAACGUGCUUGGUUUACAUGUUUGGAAGUGACGAAGAACGCGGAGGAGAACUCCUGGAGGGACGAGCAACGUUUUAUGUACCUCAGGCUACGACGUUUGGUGGGCAGUGUGAACGAGCAUCUCUUCGAGAAUUUGCAUUACGAACAUGAGUUGACGUUACAGAUACCUCUGAUUCUUCCUUUAAGACCACCUCCUGCUUCCACCUAUUCAGGAUAUGGAGAAUAUGGUGGUCAGUUCUUUUACUAUGGGAACAUGAAUAAAUACGCAUACGAGAGUAAAUUUAUGAAUGCGGCCAGCUCAGCAAAUGUUACCGUUGAAACCGAACAAAGGGCACGGGGACCAUCGUCUUUGGACUUGGUGAUCGAGAUUGAAUUAAAAUGCACAUCGGAAUUAGCACCACUCGCAGUUAGAACAGUCUUAAAAUCGGACGAGUUUGAAAGUUACGAAGCGAAAACGUACAGAAAUCAACAGAUGUACUUGAGAAUGAGCAUCACAUGUCCUGCAUCGAUAGCUAAUAGACUACCAGGUAUCUUUGUGUGGGAAUUACGUACCCCACGACGUGCACGUCAAAAUUCGUGAACAAUUUCUGUCAAAAUGUUAUAGUAUUAAGUACUGUAAGCUCACACAUACUAUACA